AUGGAACUGCUAGAGGAGGAGUUGCGGACCGUUCGUGACGACGUCGAGGCAGCUCGUGCGACCUUACAGCAGCAGCAGGCGAGAAAUGGGGCGGUGGAACGGACGCUACUUGGCCUGCGUGAGGAGGUGCGUGGCCUGGAGGGAGCGCUGGAGUGCGCCACGGCACAAGGCGCGAGGAGGCAGUGGCAAGAAGGCAGUCGCCAACAGGUGGAGAUGCUUAACGACGCGGAGGGCCGGCGGGUUGCCGAUCUUCGCCGGCAGUUGGAGUGGGAGCUGAAGAUGGAGGGAGAAUGUUUGGAGCGCCACCGCGCUCGCCUGGCGAGCGUCUGGGAUGAGGAAAAGAGGCGCACUUCGAUGCAUGGGGAGACGCUUGCCGCGGAGAUUAGCGCCGCGCGACGGCAGAGGGAGAGGCUUUUGGAUGACCUUUCACGGAGGAAGGGGCACGCCUGUCUCUUCGCCGGGUGGGAGGCGUCCCAAUCGCGCUCUACGAGCAAUGCGGCCUCGAUGCGGGCGACCACGAACGACUUGGAGGUGCCGAGCCGACCGCACGGGGAUUCAGGGCUGCAUCGUCCGCGGCAGCGGCGCCAGGAGCUGCGUCAGCGUUGCGCCGCCCUCAGUGAGGAAAAGGAAAGGCUUGCGACGGUGGCGCUGAGGGUCCAGGAAGCCGAAGUCAUGGACACGGAUGGGGGCGGUGAUGGGCGUAGGGCCGACGCUGAGCAGCGCCUGAGGAGCGAAGAUGCGCGGCGAAUGAUGCAGGCGGCGCUGGAGGGGGAGGAGCGCGCCACGCGAGAAGCUCUUUGCGCUGUGGAAGAGGCAGCGAGGGUUGAGCGCAUGGAGUUGGCCUGGGCGCUUCAUGCACCGCCCCUGAGCUGCGUGUCUUCGUGCGCGUCAGACGUGGGAGGUCGGCUUCCCUGCAUUCUGAGAACACGGCAACGCCGCGAGGUGACUCUGCACGAACUCGAACGUCUAAAUCGAGUCAAGGCGGCGGUGCGGCGAGAGAUGCAGCGAAUCCAGCUGGAAGGCGUCACUCGUGAGCGGUCAGUGCACCAACUCAUGGAACGGCUGCGGGAAGAGUCGGAGCAGCUGGCCCAGGAACGCCACGCAUGUGUCGGGCUUGUGCUGAGCGAAGAGGCUGCAGCCAAGGCCGAGGCGGAGGUGUUGCGGCAAACACUUCAGCUUUUGCAGUCCUGCAUGAAGCUGCAUCUCCCGCCUUUUAUGCUCAUUUCCCCCGCAGGCGCCGGAGAGAGUUGGCACAGUGUCGCCUCUGCGCUGCCAGAGUUGUGCUGCCGUGUGCGGCGUGGGGUUGAUCUCUUGCAGGGCAAUCUGCGGGAAAUGCACAGGAGGAGGGCAAACAUGGCGCAGAAGGAGCGCACGACGUAG